AUGGAGCUAUGUGAGGCAGCUAGUGAUUUGCAUUCACAAGGAUUAAUUUUGGGUAGUUUAUCUCUCCCCUGUUUCAAUGUUGAUCAUUUUGGUCGUCUUUAUAUGGAUUUUAAUGAAGUCAUGGUGUUGGGUAGGAGAGUUAGAAAAAUGAUUGCGGAGGUUGUUAGUAUGAAAUUAAAAUCUGAUGACAAAGAAUUAGAUGUGUGGCUGAAAAUGGAUGCAUUGAAAACUGACGAAUUUGUCAGUCCAGAAAUGUUGUUAGAGUUGUUACAGAAAGAGAGUGUUGAACUGGCUUCUGGUUGCUUAAGAUAUGCAGUUGGAAGGUCGUUUACUGAAGAGAUGCAGCAUUAUUAUGGUCUUUUCCCUUCAGUGAUUGAGGAAGAGGGUUUUGAUUAUAUGGCACUUGCUCCAGUUCGAGUUCGCGCAACUCCUCCUUCGAGUUCUUCAACUCCCGACUUUAGUUUAGAUUAA